AUGUCACAAGAAUUUGAGGCACGAGCAGUUCUCAAUUCAGGAGCAACAGGACUAUUCAUUGAUAUGAGCUACAUUGAAGAAUACAACUCAACAACAAUGCUGCUGGAAUGUGCACAACCAGUCUACAAUGUCAAUGGAAUGCCCAAUGAGGCUGGAGUGAUCUGA